CAACAGGAGAGGAUCGCGGGAGGAAAAAAGGCUGGUGUGUAGGACUGCUUUCAUUGCUGCCUGAAGGAAGCUGGCACGGUCCAUGGUGCUGAAUCCGGCAUCUCUUCCAACCCCCAUCUCUAGCCGCCUUACGCUGAGUCCUGGACACCGGCGCGGCUGCUGCGUUACUGUGGCUGAGAGAGCAGAACCCGGUGCGGUGGGUAAGUCGCUGCUCUCCAGCUUCAGCCAGUCAAGGGAAGAAACCGAUCCAUUACGUUGCCUUGAUGACAGCACCACUGACAACAAAACAAACCUAGUGAAUGGCAAGGCUGGGACAGAGGCGGAGGUGGUUUUGAAACAAAGAUGUCACUGGCUGCACACCUACAUGGAGUCUGCUAAUAAAAAGACGCCUGCGAACGUGGAUCCCUAAUUAGGGGAGGAGGGACCCCCCCCCCCAGACGAGAGAUUGAAAUUAAAACAACGCAUUUCUUCCUCACCUCCUCUUCCCGACCCUAAUCAUCCAGCCAACCAGCUGAUGCGCUUGUCGGGCUCCUGACAAAGAAAAGGCAAGUCAUUGAUUCUUGCAAUCAGGAGAGCCGUGGCUGCUGCUUGACAUCCGAAGAUUUCCAGCAGUUGAACUUUCCUCUCCAGCCCUGUACUCUUGGGAUGUUGCAGGUCACGCGCUGGUAUUAAAGGGACCCUUCUGUCUUCCUUAGCUGGCCAGAUCGAAAGAGCUUGGUGGACCGAUCUUACGGCCAGAGCCUUCAGGACACUGCGAGAGAAGAUUCAGGACACUUGCCCUGACCCACAGCCCCCUUCCAUGCCCAUGCAGCGGGGGACACACACCUCUGUACAGGCACGCCUCCGUUUUUAAGUGGGAGGCUCAGAUUUCCUCGCCGGCUCUGCACUUGGCAUGCUCUGCGCUGGAAGAGUGGAGCCAUAAAAGAAGCGGGUGAGUCUCCAGGAUUGGCUCCAGGCCAGAACUUCGGAGAGCUUUUCCAGGCUCCGGCGGCUUGGAUGCGAACCCGCCCGAGUUGUUGACAUUGAAGGCAGACGCGCUGUCAAGUGACUCCCAGCAGCUGCUCCUGGAGGUUUCCGCGGGGUCUCGCGUGGAAGGGUUUUGCCUGUUGUGAAGAUGUCCAUGGUGUUGCUGUGAAGCUGAGGUAUGGCUGCGGGAAGGUUACUGCUCUAUGCUGGCCUCUCUCUAGCUUUGUGUGCCCUGGGCAUGCUGGCGGUGGCGAUCUGCUCCGACCACUGGUAUGAAACGGACGCCAGGAAGCACAGAGAGAGGUGCAAAAGCUUCACCACCAGGAGAAACGACCCUGGCUUCAUUUACAACUCCAACAACAACCUGCCUCUGAGGGCCAGCAGAUCUAGGUUGGACCGCUGGGAAGGGAAACUCCUCUUGGCAAGGAACAGGAGGCAGCUCUUUGCUAUGAGCGCCGCCGAUGAGUGCAACAGACAGUACAACUCAACCAACAUGGGGCUCUGGAGGAAAUGCCACAGGCUAGGCUUCGACCAAGAGCUGGAGGAGCUGAUUGCCAAAGGAGCAAUUAAUCAGUGCACGUACAUCAAGUACCACUACUCUUCAGCAACAAUUCCCAAGAACCUCACCUACAACAUCACCAAGACAAUCCGCCAGGAUGAGUGGCAUGCCUUGCAUCUGCGUAGGAUGACGGCUGGCUUUAUGGGCAUGGCUGUAGCCAUCAUCCUCUUUGGAUGGAUUAUUGGGGUGCUGGGGUGCUGCUGGGAUCGAGGCCUUAUGCAGUAUGUAGCAGGGCUUCUCUUCCUCAUGGGAGGUACCUUCUGCAUCAUUUCACUGUGCACAUGCGUGGCUGGAAUCAACUUCGAGCUCUCCCGCUACCCCCGCUACCUGUACGGACUUCCUGAUGACAUCAGUCAUGGCUACGGCUGGUCCAUGUUCUGUGCGUGGGGAGGCCUGGGCCUCACUCUUAUAUCGGGCUUCUUCUGCACCCUGGCCCCUUCUGUCCAACCUGUCCCCAGGACCAACUGCCCCAAAUCCAGACCUGAGAAUGGGACAGUGUGCUAAAAUAAAUAAACAAACAAAUGUGUGUAUAUAUAUAUAUAUAUAUACACAUACAUACAUAUAUAUAUAUGUAUGUAUAGCUAUAUUUAUCUCAAACUGAUGCCAGUGCCAAGGUAGCGCUCAGUUCAACAUGGCACCUGCAUCUCCAGGACUUUCUGUUGCUUCGUUCUUUCUCACAAAGAUGGGAAAGCUCUUCUGUAACAUGGCUCUUCCAUCUAACUCUUAACUUCAGUAUCAUAAUGUAAAGGUCAAGUGAAAAUACUAUUGCAUCUAUCUACUGCCACCUGGGGAGGGUGGGGAAGCAGGUUAUAUGGAGGAUGUGAAACCUGAGUCUGUACAGGACGUGGGGAACCAAAAACUAUCAACUGCAAGGCAAGAGGAGAAUACAAGCAACAAGAAAAGAAACAAAUCAACCAUUUGAGUCACCUCUAGAAUGUAACCUCCUCAAGGCCAUUUUCAAACCCCUGUCACCUUUAAAAAAACAAACUGUCCCAUUGUUAUUUUUCUUCCUGCCUAAAAAGGGGGUGGGAGCAUUUUCUCUUUGCCUGCCAAACUUUCAAACAAACAAACAAAUAAAUAAGGAACAACAAACAAACAAAGAAGAAAAAAAACCAUGAGGACAUUUCAGCGGAUGUUCUAACAAUGCCGUUUUAAUCUUCCAGCUGCCUUACAUCCAGGCUUAAUAUGGAGGCUGAACUGCCAACAGAGACGCAGUGGGGGGCCUUUUGAAAAUGCUGUGAUACAUGUGUGUAUAACUCUAUUUUCCCUUUUUUAAAAAAAGAAAAAAAAAAAAGAAAAAUUUAAAAACAUUGAAAUGUGAUCGUCUAUAAUCCAUCCAUGCUGUGUUUGUAGCCCAAGAAAGAGGCAUCAAGACUGCAGAAGGGUGAGGGAAGGCACGAGUUCUGAGACAGCCGGUCUCCUUCGCUGGAGAGUUUUUUUUUUAAACGGAACAAUGGAAAAUUCAGGAUGAUGGAUACCAGAAAAGAACCACCUGGGGGAAGGGAGGUGGGAUAGCUCUUGCAGUUGAUUUUCCUGAAUAUUUAUUUGAGUAGGAUUUGUUUUAUUUUCCAUUUUGGAAAUUAAAGACCAUUGGGCAAAAGCCAUUGCGGAGGAGAAAAGGGGGACAAGUUUUUGUAAGGGAGAAAAUAAGAGGUGCCUCUUGUUGUGUCCAGGUAUGCCAAAUAAGACUUUCCCACAUCUUGUCAUUGGAAACCGCCCCAUUUCACUGGACAGCUCUUCUUUCCAUUUGGGAAAACAAUCUAUACAGAUGGAAUAGAAUGAGUCAGAUGCAGAGAAUGAAAAUCCAUUCCCCAUGAGCUCAAGUCUUGUAUGAUGUAGUUGUGAAUCCACAAUUAGAAUUCUCUCUUUUUCUGUGUGUGUGUCUUUCUCUUUUUCCUGUUUCUGCCCUAUCUGCCAUCCCCUUUCUACUCUGCUCCUCUCAUUGUGCAGCUCAUAGAUCCCAGAACAGCUCAUUUAGCAGCUAAAACUCAACUGGGGAGGAAUAAAUCAUCCAGAGAAGCUAAAUUUUACCUGAAAUUCCAGUAGUUCCUGCUGUGGAAGGUGUGGCUGGAAGGAAUGCAGGGGAGAAGGCUCCAAUGGAGUAACUAAAGUGAAGUCAGAGGGUGCUCUCACUGAAUAGCCAUGUGAAGGAGUGUAGAGAAUCACUUGCUUCAGGCAUUUACUGACAAAUGUGCAAGGAGAGGAGAAGGGGUAUGAAAAAACAGUUGUUAAUUCAAGACCAAUCUCUCCAACCAUUUGUUACAUGAAUAGAUCACGUCACAUAUCUGAGUUGGUCGAUAGAUAACAAACAUCCAUGGCAUCUAAACAAAAAUAAUUGGCAGAAGAGACAAUCCACUUGAAACAGAAUUUUCUCCGGAAAAAAAACGGACGUGUUGACUUCCAGGCCUACAGUGCUGCGGGGAGACAGUGUUUUGCCUGCUUUUAAAAAAACAGUCAUUCUCAUACAAUACAAUUAUAGAGACAUUGUCAGUCGUUCCCUGCACCCUCUCUCCUUUCCCUUGCCCUAGGUCUUUUUGUUGAGUUUGUUUUAUUAAUCUGGCCCAAAGAAAUUAAGACUCUUGGGGGUAUUUCAGAGUAGGGUUGAUUUGUUUCUCUUUUAUUCUCACUAAGCUGCUUGUUUUUUUGUUAGCUUGAUUUGGCUUUUACGUAUUCCAUAAUCAAGCAAAUCCAAGCUGCCAAAGGAGCGUGUUCACACUAAAGUGCCACCUUCUGUAGGUGAGUUUUCAUUCAUUUCACUUGCAAACGGAGCUGGUUGAAACAUUCAAAAAAUUGAAAAGUUUUGUUUUCUAAAUGGACCAAUUUUUUGUGUUUUUUUUAAUUUUUUGGCAAUUUUUAAAAAUUAAAGUGCUUUCAGAAAUCAUGGUUUUGUAAAUAAAAUGGUCGAUUUUCAAAAUUCCUACCAUAUGACUAAGCUCACUAAUUAACAUUGGUAAAAGGGAGAAAAAUAAGGAAACACAGAAAAUUAAAAAUAACUGAAAACAAAAAAUAAUAAAAGGACAACAAAAACAACCACUGAAAAAAUGAAAAGUUUUUAGAGAAAAUGUCUGAAACAUAUUGACAUUUUUGAGCAAACCAAUAUUUUUGUGAAAAAUUUCAUUUUUUAAAAAAAGGCCACAUUUCAUUGAAACAAUUUUUGAACAAAACCUCUCCACCGGCUCUAUGGUGAGUAUGUUACCAGAACCCUUAUAUGCAAGUACUUAUAUUUGAUGUAGCUUGGGUAGGAUCAAAGUGCACAGAGAGUACCUGCUCCACUCCACCAUCACCUAUUAUGACCUGGAAAGCGCCACACAGCCAGCUCAUUGUGGUAUGAUCAAUGACAGCUCAUGGGUUCUUUUCUUGAUGGAUUUUCAAAAUAGGCAUAGCAGCAAAAUUUAAAGAGGCAGAAAUCAGUUCUACUGUUCUGUGAGCUCCUUGGUCUUUUCUUUCUUCCUGCACCUGGGAUCAAAAUAGUCCUGCCUUUAUGAUGUACUUUGAAGCUGGCAAUUGACAAAAUGUAUGUAAGUUUGUGUAUAUGUAUGGGGGGGGGAGGGAGAGGAGGUGAUUACAUUCAUUUUGCUUUAAAGAAGAAGAGAAGUGUUAACUCUGGAGACUUGGCCCAAUUCUCUGAUUAGCUACUCACUAGCCUAUGCCUUCCAAGACCUGCCCUAGGGGUGGGUAAUAUAAAUGGGCACCCACUAUGAAAAAUUAUGUGGACAGCCAUUGACGUGACAGGUGAAUAUUUAUCCUUAAUUGCUUAAUUUUUAGAGUGUGCCAAACUCUGGCUUGUAGCAGGAGCCAUUUGUCCAGAGGGCAGUUCUUCCACCCUCUUCCCCAAAGUCAGGACAGGAACCCUACAGAGUAUUCAGAAUUCCACUCAAUCCCGGAACAGAGUGCAAGGCACCUAAAUACUUAUUUAUACAUUAUCAGGGAUCAAAGCCUUUGCCACGCUUUCUAUUGGCUCAGGCUGGAAUUCUGAAUCUCCACAUGCCCAGUUUUUGGUUAAGGGUUAUUUUAAAAGCCACACCUGAAGCCAGAUCCAAAUGUUGUGAUUACUGUCUAAUUCUAUAAUGGUCCAGAGCAGAUGGGGAACCCACUCUGAAUUUUAGGAAAGCUUUGAAAUGUGUUCCUGAAACUACAACCAGAUGUGAUGCGGGCUCAUCUCUAGUUUCUAGGCUUCAGAGGUAGUUCUGAAUUGGUUGACAGUGAUCUCAAUUUUAAGGACCUGUGACUUGAUCCUGCCAUGUGCUGAACACUCUAGCCUAAUUCAGCAAAGCACUUAAGCAUGUGCUUAACUUGAAACAUGUAAGUAAUGCUACUGACUCCUCACAUGCUUAAAGUUAAGCAUGUGUUUAAGUGCCUUACUGCAUCAGGCCACAGUGCUUAGUAUCUUACAGGACUGAUCCCCUGUUCCUCUUUUCCCAUCUGCUCCCAUUCCUGAAGUGAUAUUCUUACUGGAAGCUUGAUAACUGUGGAGUCAAUAUUUGCCAGAAUGUCUCACAAAUUGCCUUUCAUGUAUCACUUCUAUGACACGAAACGUAUAUGUUCCAGAGAUCCACAGAGGAACCUGCUUAAAUGAACACAGAUGUCAUGAAAUGCCACUCAUUGUGAAGUAGAAUGAAUUGUUUCAAUGCACUGCAGCAUGCAAACUUCAGUUUUACUUAUAGUGGAUCUCCAGUUACUGUGUAGUGCAGUUGUUCUGUGGAUACAAUGAGGGUUCUUAUGUCCAUACAUACCAGGGGCAAUGUAUGUGUGAUUGUACUAGAUGGCAGGAUUCCAUGUACUCUAUAUCCAAUGUACUGUAUAUGCCACUCUCUUAAAGCUAAAGCUGGUCGAGUGUCGAAAUACCGGACUCAUACCAGCCCAUCUGUAUAUAUUAUCCAUCUCUUCUCCCCACCCACCCCCAUUCCCAUAUACACAACUGAUCUCCCCAUAUUUAGUAAUCUCUUAUUUAGUAUUUUAAAAACAUUUUUCAGGCAUAACCCUCCAUGCCCUGAUCCUCAGCAAUUGCCCACAACCCCUCAGGCAAACAGAGCUAUUCAUGUUUCUGACAAGCAGUUUUGGACAGUGAAAAGUGAUUCUAAGUACUCUGAAAGAGCUCAACCAAAUUCCUCUCAGUGGAAGUUCUUCACAUUCCCAGCAGAGAAUCAUUAAAGAAUGCAGAUGUUCUCCUGAUUCACUCUUCAAGCAAACAGUUUAGGGCCAGUUCUGGUUUUGACUUGUAAUCCUACUGGUACAUCAAGUGACCAAUAGAAUAGGAGCCCUUAGUUGGGGUGAGGGCUGAUGGGCAGGGGAGAUCCUGUAUGUCCCAAGUGUUACUGGAAGUCUGUGUCUUUAUGGCUGUCCUUCCCCAUUCUGCAGCACCUCUGAUGCUGGCUACACUAAUAAGUGUAGCUCAGAAGAAAAUUACUGUAAUCUCUCCUUAAUUCUUGAGUGUUACGUGUGAAAUGGAGACGAAAUAAUGAGUUACCAACUGUAGAGCUUAAACAAAGACAUAUUAUUUGAGCUAUUUCUUCUUCUCUAUGCAUCUACAGCAGGCGUCGAGACACUAAAGAAACAAACACACACACAUGACCAAGGCUGAUCGUUUGUAGCCAAAUUGAAAACUCUUUCAUGUCCCAUACCGUUUGCAUGCAGAAAAAUGCUUAUCCAUGCAGAGGAGGAAGGCUUGAGGUGAAAACCUAAGACAGCUUUGGAAGAUUGCCAGAUUCCACUGAAAGACAGAGAGUAGAAAAUGUCCAAGAAGCACAAACUGCAGAUAAAGGCUAGUGCUGGGUGAAUCUCCAGAGGUAAGGAGUCUAGUUUCAAACAAGGAACCUGAAAUUUGAUUGCAAAAUCCAAAUGAUCUGAGCCUCUUGGUUCUGCCAAACUGAUCUGGAAAUCUGAUGAGAACAGCUUUUGUCUCAAAAUUUCCAGCACUGCUGCUUCCAGUUCCAGACCUUGGGCCCGAUCCGAAGCCCACUGAAGUCAAUGAACCUGUUGACUUCAAUGAGCUUUGGCUUAUGCCACAUGAAAUCAACUUUUCUUGCAGUAUUUCAGAAUAGUCCUGGCCAAAGCUGAAAGUUCAAAUGCGUGUCCACACAAUUCAGAAAACUAAAUGUUUGGUGCUAGAAAGAGGCAAUGGUUCAGAAGCCUUUCUAUGUUUUCUGAUUCACUAUGUCCAUCUCCAGUAAACACACACACUAAUAUACCUCUCUUAGCCAUAGCUCUGAUGUCACCCCUGGCAAUAUAGAAGGGAAGAAGUGUGUUUCUGCUGCCUCUGAUUAAUGGCAAAAUUCCUAUUGACAUCACUGGGACACAGGAUGGAGCCCAAUAUAGUAUAAUAAUAAUAUUCCCUGUAGGUAACAAGGAUUAAUUUAGAGAACAGGGGCUAGGUGACUGCAUAGGUUUAAAUCUUGCACACAAUAAGCCACAAUGGCAAAUGCAUUUUUUGGUCUCAUCCUACUUUCCAUUAAAGCAUCCCUAAAUCACCACCCAAUAUAGUGCAAUUGUCCGUCCCUGCUCAGGAGAAGCCCAGGAUGGAAAUAACUGGGGAAGCUGUAGGUCACAUGCUCAGGAAGGGCCCAGAACAAGAAUAGCAGGGUUGUUGAAGGUCAGAAUUGAUGUGUGUUGGCAGAGAUGUAUGGGAAAAUGUGUGCCGUGCCUGCCAGCAGUCUCACCAUCUCUGUAGCUUCUCUUAUCAGUCCCUUGCUUUCAGAGCAGUAGCUUUUUCUUAACUGGUAAAACACCACUGCAGAGUGGUAGAAAACUUCAAUAGUUUCCAUGUGCAGUUUAUAUAUACAAGAGAUGUAUGUCCAUAUGCUGUAAAUAUGGAGUCUGUGCGCUGUCUAGAGAGACAACACAUGGCAGGAGGCAGCAUACCCUUUUUCCGUUCUUUUGUACUUCAAUCAGGAGGUGCAAAGCAAUUCAAAUCCCAUCUCUUGCUGUAUUAUACCUCUCCAUUCACACGUGUGCACUGGUCACGUACAGUGCCACCUGCUGAAGAGUAGUGAGGAAGCACACAAAGCAGUGGAAACAUUAGAGCUGCCUGCAAAUGGAAUUGGGACAAUUUGUGAGUUCACCACUGUAGAGUGUUUGGAUACUAAAGAGCUGCCAGUGCUGUACUACCCUUUGUAACCGAAUCCCUGAGACUCAGAGAGAGGACUCCUCCCUCUCACACCUCUGUGACCAAUCCGUCCUGAGCUAUACACAAUUCACCCAAAAAGUUCUGAUUUGCCAGCAAGUUCCUGCUGUCUUCCAGUGCCCCGAACACCAGUGAUAACCCAGCCACAGCCACACAUGCUGUGUAUGGUUCAGAAGAAAACUGCUCAGAGGGGUUGGUAGGGGGAAACAGUGUGAAGGUCAAAGCUCAUCAGAAGGAUAGUCUUGAUGUGCACAGAAUCUCACUGAACUCCUUGCAACCAGCUGAUCCUGACUCAUGAGAGGCUUCCUAGGAUGUAAAGGCUGAGGCAGAAAGACAGUUUUGUUUUGCUUAAUUCAGAAGAAUGAUUCUGUCCAUGUCAGCUCCAAUCUGAAAAGUUUAUGAUCACUUUAGGUGAAAAUCACUGCUGUGUGGAGGGGCAGCACCACACCUGUGCACCACUUGAGCAUCACUUCAGUCCUCAACAUGGACAUAAGUUGGAUUUCAGUGGUGCAUAGGCCUGGGUCUCAUGCUGUCUUUCUGCUCAGGGUGCGUUACACUCCUCAAGGCCAUUGAGCAGCAACAGUAAGUGAUAGCGGAUCUCCCAAGCCAUUGAAAAGGCUUUUAAUGGAGAAGUGUGGUGACAAACUAUUUCUUUUAACAUGAUUUUGCUACGUUUUCACCUGGUCAGAAUUCUCAGCCAGUAAUAACUCUCCAGUCUAUAGGUAAAGUGCAAAGCCUUCAAAGGCACCUAGAUGCAUUAGGAGCUUGUCACAUUUUCAAGUGAUUUCGGCACUUAGGCGCUGCGGGUAUGUCUGCACUAGAGCUGGAAGGUGUACAUUUCAGCUUGAGGAGACAUAUCCAUGCUAGCGCUGAUCAAGCUAGUGUGCUAAAAAUAGAAAUAUAGUAUUGAGCAGCAGAAGGGGCUAGUCUCCCCAGGUAGGUACCUAGGAUCUCGAGUGGGAUCAUACACGGGACAGUUAGCGCCUUCUGCUGCUCACGCCACAGUGGCUAGAUUCUAUUUUUAGUGCACUAGCUUGAUCUGGGCCAGUCCCAGUAUGUCUCCUCAAGCUAGAAUGUUCACCACCCUGAGUCACACUGAGACCAAGACUCCCAAGUGGCUAAAUGACUUUUGAAACUGGAACUUAGACACCAAAAUCGCUUAAGUGCUUUUGACAUUUUUUAUCCAAAAAGUCAAUUUUACCUGUCAAUAUAAGGCUGCAUGUUUAUCAAGGGUUUUUGGCAGCAAUGUAGAUCAUAAGGGAAAAGAUCAAGUCAUCAGAACCACUAAGAAAAAGUGCAGCUGUAGACUCAGUUCAGUUUGGCUGUAUUGAAUUAUUUAUAGCUCUUGGGCACCAACAACAAUCAUAGACACCUCAUUUAAACUCGUACUAUUUUUACUCAGCAAUUUCCAUCACUUAAGUGUCUUUCUUCCUGUAUUUGUUCUUUGAUCUUCUACAAACUUUUUCUCUUUGUUCUGAUAGAAAAUAGCAAAUCUGGGGACUUUUGAAAGUAUUUUGCUGCAGCAACUUAAAUUAUUUUCAAACGUUUUGAGGUCUAAGUGUGACAUACAUUGUAAAAUUCAAAGCUGUUAGAUAUACCCAAAGUGGGCCUGCACUUGCAGCCCUUAUUCAGGCAGAGCUCCCAUUGAUUGAAAUCCAUGGGAGUCUUGCCUGAGAAAAGUCUGCUGGGUUAGGCCUUAUUAAAUUGUGUGUGUGUG